UUCUUUAGACAUCUCAUGUGUGUUAUCAAGACGUCUCCCUUCCAGGGGCAUACUGUCAUCUAUGAAGUGUUUGUAGACCUGGAACCCACAGUUAUUGAUGAAGUUCGCACUGGUACCUACUGCCAGCUCUUCCACCUUGAGCAGCUCAUCACAGGCAAGGAAGAUGCCACCAAUAACUAUGCCCGUGGCCACUACACCAUUGGCAAGGAGAUCAUUGACCUCGUCUUGGACAGAAUUUGCAAACUGGCCGACCAGUGCACAGGUCUUCAGGGCUUCUUGGUUUUCCACAGCUUUGGCGGGGGAACUGGUUCUGGGUUCACCUCCCUGCUGAUGGAGAGGCUCUCUGUUGAUUACGGAAAGAAGUCCAAGCUGGAGUUCUCCAUCUACCCAGCCUCCCAGGUUUUCACUGCUGUGGUUGAGCCCUACAAUUUCAUCCUCACCACCCACACCGCCCUGGAGCACUCUGAUUGUGCCUUCAUGGUAGACAACGAGGCUGUCUAUGACAUUUGUCGUAGAAACCUCAACAUUGAGCGCCCCACCUACACUAACCUUAACCGCCUCAUUAGCCAGAUCGUGUCCUCCAUCACUGCUUCCCUCAGAUUUGAUGGAGCAGUGAAUGUUGACCUGACACGUUGAUAAAGUAAUGUUUUU